AUCUUCUUAUUGUGUUGUAAAGAUUAUAAAUUUUCUUUCAAGAUUUUAACUAAACAGAGUGAGUUUUUUUCAAAGUUACUUUCAUUUUGUGGCAAUGUGUAUUCUUCUAGAAAAUAGUAGUGAGUCUGAUCAUGACUCUGAUCACACUAAUAAUUAUGAAUCAGAAUCACCAACUUCACCUCUGUACUCAUCAAUCAGCGAUACAAGUUUUUCUUCAUCUCCAUCGCCAUCGGGCACGUUUUACUUCGAUGAUGAUAAGGGCGAAGAAUCAGAUGAGGAAGAGGAAGAACCAGACGAGGAAGAGGAAAACCAAUGUUUAGAAGAGGUGGAUGUGUCGGUUUUAAAAACAUUCCUCAAUGAUAAACUGCAUCAGCUAGGUGAGGAGCCACAGAUGGAGUACCCCAAAUUAGACCUCAUACCCGGGUGUAGGUUUUGCCCCAGUGACUACAUCCUCAUCGUGCAUUAUUUGAUCAACAAGGUCUUGAAUUAUCCCCUGCCUUGUGAUUGGGUUGAGGAUGCUGAAGAACUCUAUAACCACAACCCUGAGUUGAUUGCAGAACAAUACGGCAACCGUGAAGAAAAAGCAUGGUACUUUUUUACUCCAAGGAAACAAAACUAUCAAAAUGGAAAACGUCCAAAUUGCGUAGCUGGUAAUGGAUAUUGGAAGGCUAUGGGAGCUGACAAGGCAAUCAAAUCUAAGGAAAUUGUUAUUGGGCAUAAGAGGAAACUUGCUUUCUAUGAAGGAGAACCUCCAAGUGGUCACAAGACAAAUUGGAUCAUGCAUGAAUAUAGAAUUGAUCAUCCUAUAACUGAAAAUGACAUGAGGUUGGAUAAAUGGGUUUUGUGUAGGCUUUAUCAGAGAAAUGAGAGAAGUUGAUAUUGUCCCAAAUAAGCGUUGGAAGCUUUCAGAUGACAAAAAGGCCUUGUGAAUGAUUACUAGCAACUUAGUGGCUCUUUGAAUGUUUAGCAUGAUACUAGCUAACCAAAGUUUUAUAGUUUUAAUGAUUGACACAGCCAUCAGUUUGUGAAGCAUAGCUUCUAACUGUUUCACCAUAUCUAAUUACAUUGGCUGAAAGAUACUGUUUGGUAGUUUGCAAAAGAGAAUGUGAAUGGGUACUCUGUAGUGAUGUGAUGGCCUUUGUCAUUGGCAUUUGUUUUACCUUUUUUUUUCAAUUAGUAGGCUUGGUUUGGUAUGUCAGGGAUAAUUAGCUAUGUUGUUUAGUUUGGGAUUCUUUACUUGUUGUUCAUGUGUUUGGUCUGAAUCGUCCUGUUGUGUAAUUUUGGUUUCUCAUCAAUUAAAGUAUAACGAUUUA